UGCUCCACGGAUGAAACGCGAAGGUGUUCUUUCAACAUUUAAAUCAUGCAAUGGAAGAUAAAAGUAAAAGGGUGAAUGGGGAUAAAGUGGGUUAAAUUAUCUUUGGCGGUGUUUAGCCCCUGCGGAGCUGCGUGGAUACAUGGAGUUUUAAAACUAUGGAAUUACAAAUGAACUGGAUCUGGGUUGCUUUUCUGUUCCACGUUCCCUUGAUGGGAUGUUUCGACGUGCACCUUUCGGAAACAUCACAUCCAGGAGCCGUUGUGGCGAAUUUAUCGCAAGGACACGGUUGGAUUUAUAGUAUCGACAGGACUUUAACUCCGCAAUUAAUUCAGGACUUUGUCCAAAUAGACAACCAAGACGGGCUGCUGGUGCUUUCCAGAAAAGUGGUCUGUGCGCGCUUACCAAGGAACCUUGUGCCACUUUACGUCACUGUCAGCUCUUCGACUUCUUGGGAAUUUAUUUCAACGCAUUUUAACGUUUACGUACACGGUCAGGACUGUUUUAUUAAGUAUAAGAGGAAGAGCUCCACAGGUAAGCCCGAUGUCUCUAUAAAUUACUUUCUAAGUGCGGAGACAACUUCCUGCUUUUCUGCAGGUCGUGCGCUCGUAAAUGUAAAGGAGCAUUUACCUGUCUUCAUUCGGAAUAAACAUUUUUCCUACGUGUCUUGCACAAAAACGGACUUGAAAGUACGUUUUAAUAAUGGAAGUUUAACACUGAGCAAGGACCUUUGCCUGCAGUCCGGGCGGAGCGUGGUGGAUUUAGUUUGCACUCUGCACAGCUCGUUUACCGACCGCGUCUCCAUCCAUGUGAAACUGCGGCUCUCCACAGAACCAAGACGGGGCUUGUUUGCAGACUUCGAAAAUGCUCGGAGGAUCCGAAAAAAAAGAAACGUGAACAAGGCUCCACAAUUUCAGUUGCCCAGCUAUCAGGUGUCUGUGCCGGAGAACGAGCCAGCGGGAACCCGUGUCAUUACGCUGAAAGCUAUUGAUUCGGACGAUGGGGAGUCUGGCAGACUUGAAUAUGUCAUGGAGGCUCUGUUCGAUAGCAGAUCCAACGACUAUUUUCAAAUCGACCUACAGACCGGCGGCAUCACAACACUGCAGCCUUUGGACAGGGAACUCAAGGACACGCACGUUUUCAAAGUUACCGCAACAGACAGCGGCACCCCUCCGAGGUCAGCCACUGCAUACCUCACUGUCACAAUCAGCGACAAGAAUGACCACGGGCCCGUGUUCGAGCAGACGCAGUACCGCGUCAGCAUUCGUGAGAACGUGGAGAUUGGAUUCGAAGUGCUAACAAUUAGGGCGACAGACGCAGACGCGCCCUCCAACGCCAAUAUGAUCUACAAGCUUGUCAACGGCGAAGGGGUGAACUCAGGUUUUGAAAUCGACCCCCGCAACGGGUUGGUAAAAAUCAAGGCUAGUCCAGACAGAGAGACUCUAUCGGAGUACCAGCUUAUAGUGGAGGCCAACGACCAAGGCAAGGAGCCCGGGCCACGCAGCGCCACGGCAACGGUUCACGUCACCGUAGAAGACGAGAACGACAACUACCCCCAGUUCAGCAAGAAGCGCUACGUGGUCCAGGUCCCGGAGAACGUGGCUCUCAACAGCCAGGUGGCCCAGGUGGAAGCCAGCGACCGGGACGAGGGCAACAACGCCAGGGUCCACUACAGCAUCAUCAGCGGCAACCUGCGGGGCCAGUUCUACAUCCACUCCACCACCGGCGUCAUCGACGUCAUCAACCCGCUGAACUACGAGGACCUCCGGGAGUACAACCUGCGCAUCAAGGCGCAGGACGGCGGCCGCCCUCCGCUCAUAAACGGGACGGGCGUGGUGGUGGUGAGGGUGGUGGACGUCAACGACAACGCGCCCAUGUUCGUGAGCACCCCGUUCCAGGCCAGCGUGUUCGAGAACGUCCCCGUCGGGCAUUCGGUCCUCCACAUCCAAGCCAUCGACUCGGACUCCGGAGACAACGCCCGCCUGGCCUACCGGCUGGUUCACACCGCGCCCGGCUUCCCCUUCACCAUAAACAACAGCUCCGGGUGGAUCGCCGUCUCCGCCGAGCUCGACCGGGAGACGGUCGGGCUCUACACCUUCGGCGUGGAGGCCAAGGACGGCGGGGUCCCCCCGAUGACGUCGUCGGCCAGCGUCAGCAUCACGGUGCUGGACGUCAACGACAACGUCCCCACCUUCACCCAGAGGGUGUACGCGCUGAAGGUCAACGAGGACGCGGCGGUGGGCAGCAGCGUCCUGGCGGUCACGGCGGUGGACCGCGACGCCAACAGCGUGGUGACGUACCAGAUCGCCAGCGGCAACACGCGCAACCGCUUCGCCAUCACCAGUCAGAGCGCCGGCGGCCUCCUCACCCUGGCCCUGCCGCUGGACUACAAGCAGGAGCGGCAGUACGUGCUGACGGUCACCGCCUCCGACGGCCUGCGGUCCGACACCGCCCAGGUCUACAUCAACGUCACCGACGCCAACACCCACCGCCCCGUCUUCCAGAACGCCAACUACCAGGUGCUUCUCAGCGAGGACAGGCCCGUGGGCUCCACCGUGGUCGUGAUCAGCGCCACGGACGAAGACGCCGGGGAAAACGCCCGCAUCACCUACGUCAUGGAGGACAACGUGCCCCAGUUCGAGAUCGACCCGGACUCGGGCACCAUCACCACCCGCACGGAGAUCGACUACGAGGACCAGGCCUCCUACACGCUGGCCGUGGUCGCCCGAGACAACGGCGUCCCCCAGAAGUCGGACACCACCUACGUGGAGAUCAUCGUGCUGGACGCCAACGACAACGCGCCGCAGUUCCUCCAGAACGUCUACCAGGGCAGCGUUCUGGAGGACGUGGAGGUCUACACCAGCGUGGUUCAGAUCUCCGCCUCCGACCGCGACUCGGGAUCCAACGGGCGGCUGAGCUACACCUUCCAGGGCGGGGAGGACGGCGACGGGGACUUCUUCAUCGAGCCGUACUCCGGGAUCAUCCGGACCGCCCGCAAGCUGGACCGGGAGAACGUUCCGGCGUACAAGCUCCGGGCCUACGCGAUGGACAAGGGCCUGCCGCCUCUCAAAGCCGCGGUGGACAUCCAGGUGUCCGUGCUGGACAUCAACGACAACGCGCCCGCGUUCGAGAGGGACCGGCUGGACGUCUUCGUGGAGGAGAACAGCCCCGUGGGGUCAGUCGUGGCCCAGAUCGUGGCCUCGGACCCGGACGAAGGGACCAACGCCCAGAUCAUCUACCAGAUCGUGGAGGGCAACGUCCCGGAGGUCUUCCAGCUGGACAUCUUCAGCGGCGACCUCAUCCCGCUCACGGAUCUGGACUACGAGUCGAAGGCGGAGUACGUCAUCGUGGUCCAGGCCACCUCGGCGCCGCUCGUCAGCCGGGCCACCGUGCGCGUCCGUCUGGUGGACAUCAACGACAACGAGCCCGUCCUGAAGGACUUCGAGGUCAUCUUCAACAACUACGUCACCAACAAGUCCAACAGCUUCCCCACGGGAGUAAUCGGGAAGGUCCCGGCCCGCGAUCCGGACGUUUCGGAUAAGCUCCGCUACAGUUUCGUGGAGGGGAACGAGCUGAGCCUGCUGAUCCUCAACCCGGAGACGGGAGACCUGCGGCUCAGCAAGGACCUGGACAACAACCGAGCCCUGGAGGCCGUCAUGAAGGUGUCUGUCACAGACGGCCUCCACGUCGUCACUGCGCUCUGCACCCUGCGCGUCACCAUCGUCACGGACGACAUGCUGACCAACAGCAUCACGGUGCGGCUGGAGAACAUGUCCCAGGAGCGCUUCCUGUCGCCCCUGCUGUCGCUCUUCUCCGCCGGCGUGGCGGCCGUGCUGUCCACCACGCCCGACCGCGUCUUCGUCUUCAACAUCCAGAACGACACCGACGUCCACGGCACCAUCCUCAACGUCACCUUCUCCGCCCGGCCCCCGGGGGCCCCGCCCGGCCGCUUCGUGCCCUCCGAGGAGCUCCAGGAGCAGGUGUACCUCAACCGCACGCUCCUCACGCGCGUCUCCGCCCAGCGCGUGCUCCCGUUCGACGACAACAUCUGCCUGCGCGAGCCGUGCGAGAACUACAUGAAGUGCGUCUCCGUGCUGCGCUUCGACAGCUCGGCGCCCUUCAUCGCCUCCGACACCGUCCUCUUCAGGCCCAUCCACCCAAUCAACGGCCUGCGCUGCCGCUGCCCUCCCGGCUUCGCCGGGGACUACUGCGAGACCGAGGUGGACCUCUGCUACUCCUCGCCCUGCCUCAACAACGGCCUCUGCCACAGCCGGGAGGGAGGCUACACCUGCCAGUGCCUGGAGGACUUCACCGGCGAGCGCUGUGAGGUGGACGCCCGCUCGGGCCGCUGUGUCCCGGGCGUGUGCCAGAACGGGGGGCGGUGCGUGGACCUCCUGGUGGGGGGGUUCAUGUGCCAGUGCCCCGCGGGGGAGUUCCAGAAGCCCUACUGCCACAUGAGCACCCGCAGCUUCCCCGGGCAGUCCUUCAUCACCUUCAGAGGCCUGAAGCAGAGGUUCCACUUCACCGUGUCCUUCAUGUUCGCCACUCGGGAGCGGAACGCCCUGCUCUUGUAUAACGGCAGAUUCAACGAGAAGCACGACUUCAUCGCCCUGGAGAUCAUCGACGAGCAGAUCCAGCUCACCUUCUCCGCAGGAGAGACCAAAACUACAGUCUCACCCAUCAUCCCGAGUGGGGUCAGCGACGGCCAGUGGCACUUAGUCCAGCUGCACUAUUACAACAAGCCGAACAUGGGGCGUUUGGGCAUUCCUCAGGGACCCUCGGGGGAGAAGGUGGCGGUGGUUGCCGUGGACGACUGUGACAUCGCCAUGGCGGUGCGCUUCGGUGGCCAGAUCGGGAACUACUCCUGUGCUGCCCAGGGAACACAGACCGGCCAGAAGAAGUCCCUGGACCUCACAGGACCUCUCCUGCUGGGCGGUGUUCCUGACCUUCCCGAAGACUUCCCGGUCCAGAACCGUGACUUUGUGGGCUGCAUGAGCAACCUGACCAUCGACAGCAAGCCCAUGGACAUGGCUGGGUUUAUCGCCAACAACGGGACCACGGCAGGCUGUGCUGCUAAGAGAAACUUCUGCACAGAGAACCUGUGUCAGAACGGCGGGUUCUGUGUUAACCAGUGGAACACGUACUCCUGCGACUGCCCUCGCAACUACGGAGGGAAGAACUGCGAGCAAGCCAUGGCGUCCCCCCUGCUGUUUGACGGCCGGGCCCUGGUGUCGUGGAGCGAUCCGGACGUCACCAUCGGCGUUCCCUGGUACCUGGGCCUCAUGUUCCGCACCCGGCAGGGCCAGGGAACGCUGAUGCAGCUCAACGCUGGAGACGCCUCCCAGAUCAGCCUGCUGCUCCGGGGGAGCGUGCUGUGUGUGGAGGUCACUCUCGCAGACCGGACGUUGGCAGUGCUGGAGUUCCCUCAGCUGCGGGUGAGUGACGGGCAGUGGCACCACGUCCUGCUGGAGCUCCGGAGCGCCAAAGACGGGAAGGACAUCAAGUACAUGGCCCUGGUGUCCCUGGACUACGGCGGAGUCCAGAGGACGGUGCAGAUCGGGAACGAGCUCCCGGGGCAGCGGGUGAGGAGCCUGUUCGUGGGCGGGGUGCCGGGGCCAAACGGGACGGUCCUGCAGGGGUUCCGGGGCUGUCUGCAGGGGGUUCGGAUGGGGGAGACGACCACCAGCAUGGCCAAGGUGAACUUGCAGCAGGGCCACAGGGUGGGGGUGGAGGAGGGCUGUGAGACGGCCGACCCCUGUGGCCCCGAAUCCUGCCCCCAGCACAGCCGCUGCAGCGACGCCUGGAAUGCACACACCUGCGUCUGCGAGCCAGGGUACUUUGGGAGGGAGUGCGUGGACGCCUGUCAGCUGAACCCGUGUGAGCACGCGUCGAGCUGCGUGCGCCGGCCCGGCUCCGCCCACGGCUACGCCUGCCAAUGCGGGAGCAGCUACUCCGGCCAAUACUGCGAGAGGAAGGUGGACCAGCCAUGCCCCAGGGGGUGGUGGGGGAACCCCAUUUGUGGUCCCUGUGGCUGUGACGUGAAGAAGGGCUUCAACUCCGACUGUAACAAGACCACAGGAGAGUGCAGGUGUAAGGCUAACUACUACAGGCCGGAGGGCGAGGACGCGUGCCGCCCGUGUGAGUGCUACGCGCUGGGCGCGCUGGGGCGGGCCUGCGACCCCCGCUCGGGACAGUGCCCCUGCAGGCCGGGGGUCAUCGGCCGCCAGUGCAACCAGUGCGACAACCCCUUCGCCGAGGUGGCAGCCGGCGGGUGCCAGGUUGUUUACGAGGGCUGCCCGAGGGUGUUCAGCAUGGGAAUCUGGUGGCCCAAAACCAAAUUUGGCCGUCCCGCCGCAGUGCCCUGCCCUCAGGGAUCUGUAGGAACGGCGGUCCGGCACUGCAACGAGCAGCAGGGGUGGCUGCCCCCGGAGGUCCUCAACUGCACCUCCCUCACCUUCUCACAGCUGGCUAAGAUGAGCGACGAGCUCCAUGGCAACAAGACGGUGAUGGACGGGCCGAGGUCGGAGACCAUCGCCCGCCUGCUGCGGAACGCCACGGACCACACGCCCGUCUUCUACAGCAACGACGUGAAGACGGCGCACCACCUGAUCUCCCAGGUCCUGCUCUACGAGAGCCAGCAGCAGGGCUUCCACCUGGCCGCCACGCGCGACACACGCUUCCACCAGAAUGUCGUCAGGGCGGGCAGCGCCAUGCUGGACCCUAGCAACAAGGAGCACUGGGACCUGAUCCAGCGCACGGAGGGAGGCGCCGCCCACCUGCUGCGUAACUUCGAAGAGUACGCCAACACGGUGGCUCAGAACAUGAGGAAGACCUACCUCAAACCCUUCACCAUUGUGACCGAAAACAUGAUUGUUGCCGUGGAUUACCUCGACUCCUCCGAUCCGGCCAGUGCCAAGAUGCCUCACUUCCACGAGAUCCAGGAGGCCUAUCCCAAAGACCUGGAGUCCUCUGUGCAGUUCCCAGAGUUCUCAGACAAAAUGGCCGACAGUGAAGCGGCCCCCACAGACGAGCCGCCGUCUGGCGUGACCCCCGAGGAAGAGGCGCCUGCUAGGAAGAGGCGCCAGGCAGAGACCCCCGGCCCGCUCCCGGUCGCCAUGGUGAUCGUGUACAAGACGCUGGCCCGGCUCCUGCCCGAACACUACGACCCAGACCACCGCAGCCUGAGGCUCCCCACCCGCCCCGUCAUCAACACGCCGGUGGUGAGUGCCGUCGUUCACAGAGAGGGGGACCCCCUGCCCGACGUCCUGGAGCCCCCCCUCACCCUGGAGUACCGCCUGCUGGAGACCGAGGACCGCAGCAAGCCCGUCUGCGUCUUCUGGAACCACUCCAUCCCGGUCGGGGGUACAGGGGCCUGGUCCUCGAGGGGGUGCGAGCUGGCGUCCCGAAACGCCACCCACGUCAGCUGCCGGUGCAGUCACAUGACCAGCUUCGCCGUGCUGAUGGACGAGUCGAAGCGUGAGCACGGGGACGUCCUGCCCCUGAGGGCCGUGACCUACGCCUGCCUGUCGGCCGCCCUGGUGGCGCUGCUCCUGACGCUGGUCCUGCUGACCGCCCUCCGAGCGCUGCGCUCCAACCUGCACAGCAUCCACAGGAACCUGCUGGCCGCGCUCUUCCUCUCCCUGCUCACCUUCAUCAUCGGCAUCAACCAGACCGAACUCCCGAUGCUGUGUUCGGUGGUGGCCAUGUUGCUACACUACUUCCCCAUGUGCGCCUUCGCCUGGAUGUUCGUGGAGGGCCUGCACGUGCACCGCAUGCUGACCGAGGUGCGCAACAUCGACCACGGCCGCAUGCGCUUCUACUACGCCAUGGGCUGGGGCUUCCCCGCCAUCAUCACCGGCCUGGCUAUGGGGCUGGACCCCCAGGGCUUUGGGAAUCCUGAUUUCUGCUGGCUGUCCAUCCACGACACCCUCAUCUGGAGCUUCCUGGGCCCCAUCGCCGUGGUGGUUCUGGUCAACCUCAUCAUAUUUGUGUUGGCCGGGAAGGCCGCUUGCGGACGAAGACACCGGGCGUUUGAGAAGUCUGGAGUCAUUUCAGCCCUGCGCACUGCUUUCCUGCUCCUGGUGCUCGUUAGCGCCACCUGGUUGCUGGGCCUGUUGGCGGUCAACAGCGACGUAUUGACCUUCCACUACCUGUUUGCCAUCUUCAGCUGUCUGCAGGGUGUAUUCGCGUUCCUGUUCUACUGCGUGCUGAACAAGGACGUGCGGAGACACCUGAAGAAUGCCAUCUUGGGCAAGAAGACCGUUCCGGAAGAUUCCACCACGACCCGCGCCUCCCUCCUGACGCGCUCACUGAACUGCAGUAACACUCACACAGAGGACGGGAUGCUGUACCGCACACCCAUUGGAGAAUCCACCGUUUCCAUGGAGAGCACCGUCAGAUCAGGCCAGAGCCACAGCAGCAGCUACCGCCUCUACAGCCUCAGGCAGAAGAUGAGUGGCUCGUCUGGCUCAGCCAAAGCAGCGCGUGGAGAGGGAGAGCCCGCCAUCCACCGGCGCAGAGCCAGGAGACGGGGCUCAGAUUCGGACAGCGAGCUCUCAGGAGAGGAGAGGAGCAGCUCCUACGCCUCCUCGCACUCCUCCGACUCUGAGGACGAAGGGGAGGACCCCAAACCCAAGUGGAACAACGAGCGGCAACCCCAGCACAGCACCCCCAGAGUGGAUCCCGUGUCCAAUCACGUGAAGCCUUACUCGCCGGUGGGCAUGACCGCAUGCAGUGACAGCGAGGAUGUGGUCCGGGCGGAGGAGCUGAAGGUGGAGACCAAGGUGAAAGUGGAGCUUCACCCCGAGAACAAACUCAACGGAGAGCCACCUCUGCCUGACAAGGAGCCUGCGAAGGAGCCUCCCAGCCAGCAGGUGGCGCCCUCUGGGCAGCCCAACAGCAAGCUGAAGCCAGAGCACAGAAAGGGAAUUCUAAAGAACAAGAUCAGCUACCCUCCCCCGCUCUCGGACAAGAACCUGAAGAACCGUCUGCGGGAGAAGCUGUCGGACUACAACCCCGCCUCCAUCACGUCCCGCACGCCGUCGCCGGGGUCCCACGACGGCGUCCGCCCUAGCAACGGCACCAACGGCUUCCUGAUCAAGCCCCCCCGCGAGCAGCCCAAUGGCGUCGCCAUGACGAUGCAGUCGGGGGGUGUCAACGGUGGCCACGCCUCCGACUCCGAUGGCAGCAAUGAGACCUCAAUCUGACCGUACAGGAGAGACGUUCCAGAGAGACUCUGCAAGUCCGCCCCCCCCCAUAGACCCUGCAGGCCACACCCCCUCAUCUCCCAUGGAGACCAGUGUUAUGGCAGGCUUGCCUCUGCCAGAUUAUAGGGGAAUGUGAAAGGCCUGUGUCAAACUGUGGGAGGAGGCAGAAACUACAUGUCCCAGCAUGCAGCGGUGGUCUUCGGACUGAAGCCAGGGAUGAUAAAAUGGGGACAGAACAAGAAGACGCCGGGGGGGGGUUCCACCAAUCAUGGAGUAUAUUGGUGAUGAUGAAUAGAACAACGGCAACUGUUGUCAUGGUAACGCGAGGACAGGGCAUGCCCCCCCUCAUGACCCCAUAGGAGCAUUGGGAUGCUGUCGCCGCCGUCGCCAUGACGAGCCGGACAGGAACUGCUGGAUUUCUGGAGAGCUAGCUGUCCAGGGAGGUUCUUCGCCCAGAAAGAAACAGUCCUCUCAGAACCUAAGUCCUGAAACCCAACGGUGGACCUCCUCUGUGUAAAAAUGUGUAGAUCAUUUCAUGACUGUAUAUUUUUUUAAUUCUGUUUCAUAGGACGAAGAGAAAUGUUCAUCUGUAUAUUGCAGGAAGUAUUUUUAGGGUUAUGUUGUAUGCCAUUACUGGGGGCAGAGCUGGGUCAAAGACGUAAUUGUUUUUGAUUCCGAUACUGUUCUAACAAUUACGUAUUUGACCCAGGAAUAAGUGGAGGUUAUUAGGAGGCUGGUCUUAGAUGUUUUAGUUUGCACAUUUGUUUCUCAGUCUGAGUCUUUCUG